UUAACAGCACUGUUUCCAGUUAACAACAAUUUUUUGUAAUUUCUUGUCAUUUCGGCUACAGAAAUUUCGCAAAAAAAUCUAAGAAAUUAUUUUCAACUCCAAUAAAAAUUCAACACAAUAAUGUCUGGUCAGUAUCCAGGUGGUUAUAACAAUCCUUUGGCGGGCCAUCGUGGCCAAUUUAAUCCACAACAGCAGCAGCAACAACAAUUAAUGAAUCAAAUGCAAAUGGGAAGUUCAGCCGGCGCUGGCGGUAUGAUGCCAGGAGCUGGUGGUGGUCCUGGUGGAGGAGGCAUGAUGUCUAUGGGUGGUGCUGGGGGUUAUGGUCAAGGUGGUAUGAUGCCCCAACAAGGUAAUCCUAUGCAACAACAGGGCAUGCAAGGUAUGGCUGGAUCAGUUGGUGGCGGAGGCAUGGGACCGGGUGUUAUGAAUCCUGUAGGUAUGCAGUCUCCCUCACAUGUACAACAACAACUUAUGCAGCAGCAGCAACAAAUGCAACAACAAAUGGGUCCCAUGGGACCACAAAUGACAAUGGGUAUGGCAGGACAUGUGGGAAUGGUAGGUGGAAGUGGUGCUGGCGGUGGUGGUGGUAGUCCACAAGUAAGUAACUUAAUGCCUCAACAACAACAAAUGCAGCAAAAUGUGGGUAUGCAGCAAGGCCACCAAAUGCAAGCAGGCCCUAGUAGCUCAAAUAUGAGUGCUAUGUUAGCCCAACAACAACAGCAACAAUCUUUGCAGCAAACAUCACAACAAAGUCCAGCUGGCCAACUGCAACAGUCAUCUCUACAAACUCAGUCUCAACAAAUGCCUCAGACAUCCGGUCAGCAUCAGCAACAGCAGCAACAACAACAACAACAGUCACAACCCUCAUCAAAUAAUGUCUUAUCCAUAUCUCAACAGCCUCACAAAGAAAUCAAUAUUGUUACUUUAUCUCGCGUGGGACAGGAAACAGUACAAGAUAUAACCUCUAGAUUUCAAGAGAUAUUCACCGCUCUUAAGGUCAUCCAACCUACAUCCAGCCGAGACAACGGCACCGUGAAAAAAGUACAAGAACAUUUUCGUACCAUUCGUUUACUAUUCAAACGCAUGCGUUUAAUCUAUGAACGUUGUAGUGAUGGUUAUCCACAGGGCAUGGAAUAUACUCAUGUCGAAAGUUUGAUACCUUAUAAAGAUGAGACGGAUCAUCGCAAUUUGGAGGGCACACAAUGUGAAGAGUAUCGUAAAGCUUUGCAAGAAAACCAAGAACUUAUAGAUACAGUAAAAUUGAAAAAUCGCCAAUUAAGAGAGAUUAUUGAUCGUACACGUAUUAUUGUUUGGGAAAUUAACACUAUGCUUAGCAUGAGGAGAUCCUAAUUAUAUUAUCAUAAUAAUUAGUAAUAACUUUUAGAUAAAUAAGAUAUAAAUUAUAUGUUAAUAAACGAUUGAUUUCAAUAUUAA